AUGCCGUGCGUCCGCGCGGACACGCCCAGGCCUGAGCGGCGAGGGCGGGCCCGGCUUCCGCGGCCGCCGGCGGGGCCUGCCAGGGCCGCACGGACCUGUUUACACUGGGCAUGUAAACGCAAUCAUCGUCAGGUGGUCUCUUACCUGUUAAAAUCAGGAGCUGACAAAGAGAUUCUUACCACAAAAGGAGAAAUGCCAGUCCAAUUAACAUCAAGGAGAGAAAUCAGGAAGAUUAUGGGAGUGGAAGAUGAUGAUGAUGAUGACAACCUCCCCCAGCUGAAGAAGGAGUCAGAACUGCCCUUUGUUCCCAACUAUUUGGCUAACCCAGCCUUCCCUUUUAUCUACAGCCCCGCAGCUGAAGAUUCAGCCCAGAUGCAGAAUGGGGGCUCCUCCACACCUCCUGCAUCACCCCCUGUAGAUGGCUCGCCUCCAUUGCUUCCCCCUGGGGAACCGCCCCUGCUAGGGGCCUUUCCACAGGACCACACCUCUUUGGCACUGGUUCAGAAUGGUGAUGUGUCUGCCCCCUCUGCCAUACUCAGAACACCAGAAAGCACAAAACCGGGGCCUGUUUGUCAGCCACCAGUGAGUCAGAGCUGCUCCCUGUUCUCUUCUGUCCCAUCCAAGCCACCAGUGUCUCUGGAGACUCAAAAUGGGACAUAUGCAGGUCCGGCGCCAGCAUUCCAGCCAUUUUUCUUCACUGGAGCAUUUCCAUUUAAUAUGCAAGAGCUGGUACUCAAAGUGAGAAUUCAGAACCCAUCUCUUCGAGAAAAUGAUUUCAUUGAAAUUGAACUAGACCGACAGGAGCUCACCUACCAAGAAUUGCUCAGAGUGAGUUGCUGUGAGCUGGGCGUUAAUCCAGAUCAAGUGGAGAAGAUUAGAAAGUUACCCAAUACUUUGUUAAGAAAGGACAAAGAUGUGGCUCGACUUCAAGAUUUCCAAGAGCUGGAACUGGUUCUAAUGAUAAGUGAAAAUAAUUUUCUGUUCAGAAAUGCUACGUCCACACUGACUGAAAGGCCUUGCUAUAACAGGAGAGCUUCAAAACUGACUUACUAAUGCAGCAGGGACUUUUAUCACUGACUAUUGUGACAGUGCUUGUCACCUCUGGGCCAAGGACAAGCCAUUGAUCUAAAUGCCUGUAUGCCCGGGAGGGCCCCUGGUGCCACUGCGUGGUAUACAUUAACAUCGUUCUGCCUGGGUAGGAGGCCCCUGACCCCCAAGCAGCGGUGCCACUCUUCCAAGCCUCUUGGUGCACAAUAAACCUAUCGCUUGAAACUUUGAACAGCCGAGAAGUGGUCUGGAGAGGCAGAAGCCAAAGGUUCUAUAUCCAGUGUGCUUUAUGUGGAGAAUGUAAGGAAGUUGUCUGAGCAGAAGCUGAGAGCGUGCAGAGACUGUUUCCAGUCAUUCCUGUUGAUGUGCACCUGAAGGCUGGCUGUGCUUUUCUUGGUGUUGCGCGCUCACAGCUCUCCUGAAAUUGUGAACUGACUAGAGAGGAAGACUGGGGAAAGCACAGGUACUAGACAAAUGAAUUUUAGUAUGGCUGUGAGGUUUCAUAUAACAUGUUUGUAAGUGUCACUCAGGUUUAAAGUAUUUAAGAAUACAGCUAACUAAUUGUAUAUAUGCUGUUAACCAAAAGAGCUUCCCCUCCCCCACUUUUUCCUUUGUAAACACUCAUGGAGGCUUCUGUGUCUCUAGACAGUCAUCUCUGCACUGACUCCCUUUCAUGGUCACUAGAGGGCUCUCUGAUGCUUUCUAAAAGAGCAAGCGCUUUUUUACUCCGAAGCGAUUUCUGUCAUCUGUGUAUUUAAUUGCACCGAAUGAGAAGAGCACAAACAUUGCCAGUCCAUGUUCUCCCCUUUCAUUUUCCACCAGAAAUGAAAAGCAAUUUUUGAGACUGAAUCUGUUGCUAUUUUAAAGGUUAUUGUGGGAAACUGAGCUAAAGGAGUUAACAUCUUUAUUUUUGUAUCAAAGAUAAAGGUUAUUUUGAAAUUAUUAGGAUUUUUACACAACUCUGGAAUCUGUUGCUUUUGUAAACAAAUUGUUUGAUCUUUGAGAUUCCCCCCUCCCCCAACCGAUCUACUUAACAAAGUCAAUUUGAGUCCACCAGACUUUGUUCUGAAAAACAAAACUUGAGCUUGGCAUAAGAAUUGUUUUAAAGAAUGCAUUCAAGGAUUCUUUUCCUUUUCUUCAGUGUCAUUACUGUUAAAAGAAAAGCCACUGUCUUGUUGAAACAAACAGCUUCACUUUAGAAAUAAAAACUAGCACACUUAGACAAACAGGAGAGCAGGGGUUUGAAGCCAGCUGCUAAAGAGCAUCCCUGCUGUCUUAAGAAGCUUUUUCCCCAUAGUGCCUAUAGUUUCCAAAGAAACUUAACUUCCUAACUGUGUUAACUUAAUUUUAUUAGAACACUACAAUUGAGUGAGAACGUGCAGAAGAUGUCAGUGGAGGAGAAUGUUGUGUUAAGAUAAUGGCCUCCUGCUGCUGCCUAAAUGCUGAAAUGAUGUUAAGGUGUUUUUCAAGGCCAACUUCAUGAAGUCACAUUGUUUAGUGACUUAAUUGUAUUCUAGCAAUUAUGCUGGUGACUUACUCACCCUUGUACAGUGUUUGCAUAGCAGAGUGAAGGUUACUUAUUACCCUCUUUUCUGGAGUGCUUUAAAGAAGAAACCACCCUUGUGUUUCAACAAAUUGGAAGCUAGUUCAUCUAGAUGUAGUCACCUUUUUUUUUCUUUGCUUUGAAAAAAGUUACAAUUUACUGAUACAAUUAAGUCUGGUUCUAUCCUAGAAGGAAUAAACUCAGUAUUAAUUCAUGUGUAAAUUACUGGGGUUAAAACUCAGCCACCCCCAAAAAAUAAAUAAAUAAUAAUAAUAAUAAUAAAAAAAACUCAGCCACCCAGAUUAUUAGAGGCUCUCAGACGCGGUGGAGGACCUGGCUGGGAGGUGGCCUACAGAGGAGUAGCUCCAGGACAUUUCCCAGGCUCAGAAACCGAGGCAAGCAAGGGUUUUGGUGUCUCAGGUGAGAGAUGGGUCUGAUGUGGCUCUGCCCUAUGCUGGUCUCUCUUCUCCUUUGUAAAAUCCUCUGUGGUCAACUGACUUCUGCAUAUAGCAUUGGGAUAAGACUGCACAGUUGCUGGUAGGUGAGUUUAAAGUCUUAAUCUAUGCAUUCAGAGAAAUAUUUUUAUAUGCUUUGUGUAAUUUAUAACAAGGAUUUUUUUUUAGCUUUGUUAACUGUAAAUUCACCCCUCUUCCUCCACUGCAUAUUUAAAGCAUGUGUUCACUGUGUGUAAACAUUCACUGAAGGUUUUUUUUUUGUGCACUGCUGACAGUUCAAACAUAACAAGUAUUAUUAAAAUUAAAUAUUAACUGAC